GUUUAUUUACAAAAUAAAAAUGUAUGUAACACCAGUUACGAUUUUGUGUGUCUUGGCAUAUUUCAGGAUUACUGACUGUGUAGACAUCACCAUUUCUGUCAAACCGCAAGUAAUCUUUGAAAACAACUCGGUUUUGAUUCAAUGUGGCGCAGGAUAUGAUGCAAACAGUCUUGUGUUGGUAAGGGGGCCUCCACAUAAUAAAAGAAUACUAUAUUCCUAUUUUACUGGCAGCGGUUGUACUUUGAACUAUGAAAAAUUGUUAGAUCAGUGCACUUGUGAUAAUCAAAACAAAAACAUUGAGUGCAUCAUUGCAACGAUAUCGAGAAGAGAAACCGGAUUGUGGCAGUGUACAGACUUGUUUGGACGCAUGAAUAGUACUCUUGUUGAAUUGAUAGUGAAAGUACCCAUACAAGGAGCGAUCAUACCAUCGGAUGUACAAAAUGUUGUGACAAUAGACGAUACCAAACAGGUAACGCUGAAAUGUAAAGCACCCAAUGGGUUUCCGUCUGCAAAUAUCAGUUGGUUUGUGGACAACAAAAUGCCCAGUCAGUCAAAUGAUGAUACCGAUAUUACAAAGUUUUCGGCGGUCACGAUUCGGUCUAACGAUGAUGGAACAACAACUGCUGAAAGCAGGGUUUCCUUUAACGCAAGUGCAGAACAUAAUGGAAUGCUACUGUACUGCACAGCAAAUAACACUGCUGAGGCUAAAUUCUUCAGCAGACGGAUUCAUCUUAAUAUCAUAUACAACCCGGAUAAACGUGUUUUCGUAAACAAUCAAACAAAUAAUACAGACUACUACUUGAUACGAAAUUCCAACACAAGGCAAUCUCUACGAUGCGAAGUAAACGGUGGAAAUCCUCUUGCAACUCUGAAAUGGUCUUGCUACGAUGGUAUUCAAAGCGACGAGAAUUCACAGUCCAGUGCUAUAAGUACCGUCAAUUGGAUCGCUGCUAAUCUAAGCGACUCAGCAUGCAUCUGCUCUGCAUCGCAUAUUCUUGGAUGGACGGAUCGGCGAUUCGUGAAUAUGCACGUGUAUUAUGAACCCAAUCCUCCAACGUGUACACUUGGUAGUGCAAAUGUGAGCAAAGGCGUUUUAAACGUGACUUUAAACUCAAACGUUAGUAUUACUUGUAAAAGUGAAGGAAACCCGACUCCUGAAAAGUUUACUUGGACGUGGCCUACAAGUCAUCCAUCUGAAGGAAACACCCUGUCAUUGAAUAAAAUUCAAAUAUCACAUGAUGGGUUAUACAUGUUUAGUGUUGAGAAUAUCAUGAAGCCUAGCAUUGGACAGGUCGUCAACGGACGUUCAAAUACUACGUUUGACGUGAACAUUCAAUACCCACCAACUAUUACGAAUGCCGAAAGUAAUCUAGUGGCUAUCGAAGGUACAAACUUUAGUAUAAAUUGCAAAGUGUCUCUAGGAAACCCAAAGGAAACGUUUGUUGCAUGGAAAAGGGAGUCAAAUGUAACAGCCGAAAAUGUUGGACAGCUGAUCAUCUUUCUGAACAUAUCUCGAACUGACGAAGGCAACUUUACAUGUGUUGCAAGAAAUAGAAUGACAUCGACUGGCAGUGCAGAAAAAGAUGGCGUCGACAACAACACUUUUAUGUCGAUGUUCAGUAUAAAGCAAAAAUACAGCGAUUUGUUGCCUUACCUGCUACGAUGA